AUGUCUCAAUAUCAGCCUGGUCAGCAGCCAUAUUACGGACAGAACAGCAAUAAUGUGAAUGGAUCCGCGCAACCCGCACCACAUUCCUCUCCGUACGCACCCUAUGCUCCUCAACCGGAUCAGGUACCACCUUUGAGACGGACACCCAGCUACAUCGCCGGCGAUGAUUCGGUAUAUGCUCCUGGCGCGCCAAACGAAGCAAUACAGGGAGGUCCAGGGUUCCCGCCUGUUGCGGGGACUUACAACACGUUCGCAAACACAGCACCGGCUAAUCUAGGCUCGAGACACUCCCAAUUCUCUGUUAGCAGCUCUCAGCGGUCGAACCCGAGUCGUACAUCUUCCCAUGGAUCGUCGGCGACGUCUACCUACCAGACGCAGCCGUAUUCACAAACUCCAACUCAAUCGAACAUAGCUUACAAUCCCCAACAAUAUGCACGACCUCAUUCGCUUUCUCAACCGCCCUCAAUGUCUUAUAACCCUCAAGCUUAUACCGGCGUCAAUAGCAAUGCAGGACAAGCUUAUCAAACCUACAACCCAGCUGCAUAUCAGCCGAACACAGGGACCGCAUACACCGCGCCAAACAUUCUCCGACAGCCGUCCGCACGCUAUUAUUCGCAACCGCAGCCUACAUACGCGAUGCCUUCUCCGCAAUCACAACCACCACCUCCUCCUCCCCCUCGCGGUACAGAUCAUCCGUAUGGUCCGCGCUCACCUCAGUUAUCAGACUCUUCUCCGAAUCCCAGUUAUAGCUACUCAUAUUCCAGUCAGACUUCGCCCUCACUAGGUUACCAUUCCUCUGUACAUCAAUCCAACCAGACAUCGCCGGUGUACGCAUCGAAUCCAUCUUACGCAAACUCCAGUCCGCAAUCGUUGCCUUCUCGACAGAGCUCCCACGCGUCGCAAGCGCAUGGAUAUUUCCCACAGAUACCUUCUUCAGCUUCGGAGCCACUUAUCGAAGAGCAGCCUCCCGCUCCUCCAGCGCAUAAACGUUCGAGCUUAUCCGGACCCUCGUUGAGAGCGUCAGAGACAUCUUCAAUCUACCAGUCGUCGCCGUCAUUGUCUCCUAGGAGGACUGAUACUCUCACCCGACACCCUCAAGCGCGUCCUCUUCCCGGUCCACCACCAUCAGAUUCGACUGGAACGGUGUCGUACAACGGCGCCGGAAAUACAUAUGAAGAUCUUAUGAAGGAAGUAGAGGCAGCUGUGCAAGGAAGUUCUCAGGGCAUGGGGCGCAACGGACUUGGACGAAUACCCUCUCUAGAGGCGCAACCGCAUGGAGAGGAAAGUUUUCGACCUUUAUUUAGUGAAGGGGUGGCAGCUCCUCGACUUAGUCCUGAUGAAAACCAUACACAUACGAAUGGGAGUGUGGCGACGGGCACUGGGCAAUACGUCAACUACGAUGCGUAUAGCGACGAGAGUGAUGCCGAGGCUGCUGCUGGCAUUGCAAUGAUGCAAAUGGCAGAAGAAGAAGAGAGGGCCGAAGCGGAGCGACAGAGGAGCAGAGGUGGAACUGUAAGCUCUUUGUUUCCGACAUAUGCCUCGCAACCGGCUGUUCCUACUACCAUCGCAUCGCCACAAGAGGCCAGCAGUGACAGUGACUACGCUCAUCACGACUUGGCUCUGUAUGGAGGAGGUUAUGAGGGUCAAAUGCACUAUGGCGAUACUCCGGCUCCAGAGACCGAAACAAAGAUUACCGCAACAGUCGAUUACUUUCCUUCAACUGACGAUGGCCAUUUACCAGCGUUCCACUUUACUACUCCAGCCAGAGUUGAUACUGGAGGCACAGGCGGCUUAUCAGAACCGAGUGCCUUGGGCCGACGACUAAGCUUUGACUAUGGAGACGAAGAUGCUGAUCCUAUAUUAAACAUAGGGGAUGAUGAUAUUCCCUCUGGAAGCCAAAGUCCAGAAAAGGGAGAACCAGCAGAUCUCUUUUAUCAUCCUGGAAUGCGUCCACUUCCACCCGCGCCAGUCGAAUCAACAAAUAAUGCAGACGUUCUAGCACAUUUGAUCCCUGCAGGGACUUAUCGUAAUUCGCAGUAUGGUGAACAGGAAAGCCAGUAUAGACCUCUUCCGCAACCCAUGUCUUCAGACUCGUCCGGACUGUCGCUGCCGAAUCCGCAAGUUCCGCGGUCGACAUCUCUGUCGAGUCAUAGUAGUACGCCUCGUACUGACGCGCCGAUUAGGUCCAAGACCGAUGCGGAUCGGGUCAAGUAUAAACAGCAGCAGGAGUUUCUGCGACAGCAAGCGGCGGAUGUUGCUGUCGGAACUCUGGGAUUCAAUGCAUCUCCAGAGCCUUCUGCUAUAGCUCUUGAUCUGCCUACUAUACCGGCCGGCAGGAGGAAAAAGUUCCACCCUGCGAAACUUUCUUCGGAGCAAUUCCGCAAAUGCACCGAGCCUUGGGCUCUCAGUGCAAUUGUGGCCUGGGUCAAGGACUUGAGCGAAGAUGAGACUGACCUCAAAGAACAGGCCGUUGUUGAUGCUAUUGUUGCAUUAUUUACACACAAGGUGCCGACAAUGAACACAGCUGAUGCAGAGACUUUAGGUUCUUCGGUCGUCAAAAACAUGCUGAGUGAAGGCGCGUUGAUAGUUGACGAAGAAUGGGUCAAGUUCAGCGACAAGUCGUUGUCGGGUGUGCUAUUCCAGAUAACAGGUAGCGGGUGUUAUUCUCCUCGCCUUCAUGCCGAAGAAACGGAGUCUUACGGCCGUUGUUACUCGCAUCAUUGUAUGAGGACGCUCAAAAAGAUCAAUCUUCGUGCUCAGGCUAUGGAGCCUCAGAGGAAAGCUCAAGACUGGGUUACCUUCUACAACGUACCCAAGGAAGUAUGGGAGGGCCAUCCACGCAAAGAGAUUGACCGUCAAAACAAUCUUCAUGAAAUUGUCACGACCGAAGAUUCAUUUAUAGAGCAGCUAGACGUGCUACGGGUGCUCUACCGUGAUCAAUUAUCUACCAUGCAGCCUUCGAUUAUCAGUCCGAAGCGCCAGGAGAAGUUCCUGCGCGACGUUUUCGGUAAAGUCGAUGCGGUCAAAAAAGUCAACGAGGACUAUCUAUUGGCACAACUCAAGUAUCGACAGAAGGAACAGGGUCCGUUCAUCGCCGGCUUUAGCGACAUUUUCAGGGAGUGGAUACGAAAAGCUAAAGCUGUCUAUAUCGAUUAUGCGGCUACCUUUCCCAACGCGAAUUACAUGGUCCGCAAGGAAGCCGAGCGAAAUGCUGUCUUCCGACAAUUUCUCAACCAAGCCCGUGAUAAUAAGCUCUCUAAUCGUCUAAGUUGGGAUACUUAUCUCAAGGCUCCUAUCACUCGCAUCCAGCGCUACACUCUACUGUUGUCUACUGUGCACAAAAACAUGCCAAAAGACUCGGAAGAAAAGACGAAUCUCGCACUUGCCAUUGAAGAAAUCAAGGUUGUUGCACUAGAGUGUGACAACAAGGUGGGCGAGAUGACAAAGAAGGUAGAUUUGGCAGAGCUUUCCGCAAAGCUCCAAUUAAGACCAGGAAUGAAUAAGGAGGUUGAGUUGAAUCUGGGACAUCUGGGACGAGAGAUCAUGUUCCAAGGCGAUCUUCAGCGACCUGGAACUCGGACAAGAUUCAAUCUCGUGGACACGCACGCCAUCUUGUUCGAUCAUUACCUUGUUCUGGCGAAAACUGUUCAGAUGCGUGACACGGCCAAGACCGGCAAGUUUGAAGUCUACGAUGUUUCUAAGCUACCAAUCCCUAUGGAUUUAUUGGUGCUUGAGAGCACAAAUGAUGAUCCAGUGGUCAAGUCCUCCGUGAGAGGAGUCUCAACAGUCACACAGCCAACGGCGGCGGCGGCACGAGGAGCUGGUCCAGGUACUCUCACACACACAGGUACCGCCAAUUCCGCCGCAUCGUUCGUUGCAACAACCAACCUCGAGAACUCCAAGGACGACAAGAUCCUAUAUCCGUUCAAAGUCAAGCAUCUGGGCAAGUCGCCUACCUAUACACUAUUUGCGCCGUCUGCUCAAAACAGGCAGGACUGGUGUCAGAAGAUUACAGAGGCCAAAACUAGACACGCUGCAUCGCUUUUUGCACAGAAUGCAGAACCCUUCCGGCUCCGAGUGUUGGCGGAUGCGGCUUUCACCUAUGGAGAGGCUCCAGGGACAAAGACUGUGAUGAUCAAGGGAACGCCAUUGGACCGCGCGAUACGAGAGGUGGAAGCAAAAUACGCCAGUGUAGGAAUUCGGCCCAAUCCCGUGUGCAGAGCUAUGGUCAACUGUGCGACGGUGUUCCAGCAACCGGGUGGCCAGCUGAUCUGUGCUAUCGGCACAGAUUUUGGAGUGUUCAUGUCGAGAUACGACGAUCCGCGAGGCUGGCAAAGGGCAAUCACAAUUAGUCGAGUCACGCAGAUCUCCGUGUUUGAAGACUUUAACUUGUUGCUAUUGAUUGCGGACAAGUCUCUUAUAGCCUAUCAUCUGGAUGUGGUCUGCCCGACCAGCGGCACGCCUUCCCAGACGUCUCAACAUGAUUCUGCGCGUCGAGCACCACAGAAGGUUUCGGGUAAUCGCGAGGUGGGAUUCUUUUCCGUGGGCAGAAUGAAGGAUCGCGCUCUUGUCUUCUACAAGAAGCGGGAUGGCAUCUCAUCAACCUUCAAGGUGAUUGAGCCCGUCUUGCACAAAUCAGCCACAAGUCGGUCGCGAUUCCUUCCAAGCCGUCGCGGUCAGACAGAAUUCUUCCGCGAGUACGACGAAUUCUACAUUCCUGCAGAAAGCUACAACAUCAAUCUAUUCCACAGCUCGCUAGCCAUCUCCACGCAGCGAGGCAUUGAGGUCCUGACCUUGGACAAGAAACAGCCAUGGUCUUUACCUAUACUUAGCGCAACAGCCCCAGAAGCCCAGCCUUAUUUGACUAGUAUCGGAAACCGCAUUAAAGAUUUACGACCGUUGGGCAUGUUCAGACUCAGCGAUGCCGAAUUCCUACUUGCCUACAGUGAAUGCGCCGUGUAUGUCAACAAACUUGGAGACAUAUCUCGCAGCGUCGUCAUGGAAUUUGUUGGACGAGCGCACACGGCCUGUCUACAUGGGAAGUUUUUGAUUCUGCUGAAUGACGACUUUGUCGAGGUCCGCAACGCGAUGAAUGGCCGCUUGAGACAGGUCAUCCCAGGUCGCAACGUGGUUUGUCUCGAUGAUGGCGGCAAUAUGGGGGCUAUAGACGACACGAUCUCUCAAGAAAGCAAUUUUGCUGGUGCUGGUGUCAACGGGCAUGCCCACUCGUCAUCUACCAGUGACCUUGCGCGUAGCGGACGAACCGUAAAGAUUUGCAUGCAACAUCCAGAGUACGAGCGCAGUCAGAUUGUGGUGGAGCUGAUAGCGAACGAAGGACAGAGCGAUUAG